AUUUACACGAUCGCGGAUACUCGGCAGAAGGUGGCAGGAAUCCAAGCUUUUGAGUUACAAAAAUAGAAUGGCUACACUAGCUGCUGCUGCUGGCUGUGGUUUGCAGCAGUGCAACAGACGUUUGUCGUGGUCUAGUAGCCCCUGAAUAAAUUUUUUGAACCGAGAAGAGAGAGACCGGCAUUAAAUUUAAAAUAUUUUAACGCCGGUUGCCACCUCGGGAUAAUACUCUCGAGUAUAACCGACAACCUGGACACUCUUCCUGGAGCACAUGAGCAUGUCAGGUGCUGAGAAGUGGCGGCCAAUGGCCAUUUCAAAUCCAUCAACACGUUUGCGUAUGGCGCGUUCAAUGCCUCAUUGGGUUAUGGCACAAGAACAAUCAAAAUCAACGGAGAAAUCAUCGCGACAAGUGCCGACACCACCCAAAAUCCCGCCACCAUCUUUAUCCGGCGACUGCGGCGAUCCCGACUAUGAAGUUAUCGAAUUUCCGACCCAGCAGACUUCGAGGACUAACAACAACGGCAGAGCAUUAGAAAUUACAAGAACAACAUCAACAAACAACAACAACACUGUCAACAAAUGUGCUCUUUGCGGCGUAAAAAAUUUAUUCGCAAGAUGUGACGCGUGCAAUGAAAAUUUCUGCGAGACCUGCGACGAUAUGAAUCAUAAACAUCCUAAGCGGCGUAAUCACGUGCGCAGGAGAAUUGUUACUGAUAAUAAUCAAAUGAAUUUUCGUACUAGACCACCGUUGCCACCAAAAGGCGAAACUCCGGCGAAUCCUCCAGUACCACCGCCGAGAAGAAAUCGUAGAAAUACUCAGGCAAAGGCGUCGGUUAAUCAGGAUCCUGGGGGCAUGUCGUUUUCCGAUAAAGUUUCAAGUUUGAAAAGGAAUGUUGCCAAUGUCCAAGGAAGACCAUUGCCAAUGGCUCCAGAUUCAGCUUUAAUUGCAUCGAGAUCAGUCCAGUCACUUAAUACACCUCCUAGUAAUAAUGAUCCCAAUGGAACUGGAAUGGAUAAAAUGUCAACACUUCAGGAGAGAUAUAGAAGGUAUCAGGAAGCAAUGAGAGCUCAAGAUGCAAACAGACGAAGAAUACCAACACCCGAAACUCCUAGAGAUGCUCCGAGUCCCAGGCCAGUUAGUCUUGGCAGCUCUCGAGGUAAUUUGAUGGUUCCUCCAACUCCACCGAGGUCUGGAAUGAUGCAGUCAUCAAGUGUUUGUGAUUUAUCUUCUCAGAAUUUAUGGAACCCGGCAAUGCAACAGGCUCAGUCAAUGGCUCAUUUGGCGCCGCGUAUGCCAAUGAUGUGGUACCCGCCACCAGGAACAUGGGACAAUUCACUGAGUGGUUCUACUAUGAGCCUCAAUCAUCCACCGGCAAUGUGGGGCUACCCGAUGGGGUACAACCAAGCAAUGCUACCACCUCAUUAUCCGUCAGCUAAUGUCUCCAGGUGUCCCAGUCCCGCAAGGAGCUACAAAUCUAGUAGGCGCAGUAGAGCUGCUUCGCCGUCGCUCAGCCAAAAAUCAAGAAAGUCCGUAAUGUCAAGAGCCAGACGAUCACCAAAUUCGACUGACGCGAGCUCUGAAGAAUCUGAUGACUCGGAUUACGAUGACCGGCUGUCAAGAAGUUCAAGAAAUUUACGGAGAACCAGCGUUUCUUCACGACGAACUGCUGGUUAUCAUGAUAUUGAUGACAAUAGAUCGACAAUGUCACGAAGUCGCCGGGGACAAUGGAGAUCAGAUGACAGAAUAAACGGAAUCAAUUCUUCGUCAUCACGAAAUUUGGACUACGAAGACCUGGACAGUCGAUCGGUAUCUUCGAGACAGCAGUCGGAGAAUGAUGAUCACCGGAGGUCACGAAGAAAUCAAAUAGAUCAUCAGUUAUCUUCUCGACAAAAUUCCGAAACUGAUGACAGUCGCGGGCGUAAACGUACUGAGCAUACGAAUGUAAAUGUCGAUUCACGAUCACGGAUUUCUUCCCGUCAUAAUUCUGAGACUGAUGAUGACCACAGAAUGCGACGUAAAACUGAGCCUGUCAAUGAUGAUAAAUCAGUGAGAAGUAAUGGAACAUUGCGAAGCAGACGAAAAUCUACCACAGAACACGAUCGUCGAGAUUUAAAUAAGAAAAAUAAUUCAAAUAUGACGCGGCCUAGACUCGCUAAUUCUUCUGACAGUACUGGGGAGUUUGUGACUAAUAAUAAUAAUAAACGGGCUGAGUCAGUAGCUAAGGAAAUUCCAAAAUCGCCUUUAAGAGAAGUACGAAAAUCUUCUGAAAGAGAAUUAAUAAAAGAACCGGCUCCUGCAAAAUUAAUAAAAGAAUCGACUCCAGAUAAAAAUAUAAAAUCACAAUCUAAUGAAAAUUCAAAUCAAGAUAAAAUAAAUAAAGCUAAAUCAUCAGCUUCUUUAAUCAAAGCAGCCUCUGGAGAAACUGCACCAGUAGAGACAACUGAAGACUUGCAAGAAUGGGCAUGCGAACACUGUACAUUUAUAAAUGAACCCAAAGAACGGGUUUGUAUUGUCUGUUGCAAAACUAAACGAAGUGCGCUCCCUCCCAGUCCAGUAAACGCAACAGAAUCUUCAGAAAAUAUUGAAGAGUCUAAUCCUGAGCCCGCGACGAAGGCUUCGAGUAUAAAAAUGUCCAAUGGGGAAGAAAGUGGUGACAGUACAGCGACUACCCAAAGCAAAGAUGUAAAAAUUGAAAAUAAUAACGAAGAAUUAAAUUCAAAUAUAAAAGAAGACGAUAAAGUCAAUAAAUUAGAGUCAGUAUCAAAUUCGUCGCCGCGGGAAAAUAAAAAAACCCAUGAUUCAAUAUCUACAUCCACGUCUCCUAUCAAAGAACUUGAAGAAACUUCUUCCGCAGUAGCAAAAGUACAAGACGAUAUUCCUGUGCUGUCACCAACUCCUGUCAAAGCUUUAGAAACUUCUGCAGGACCUUCACCUGUCCCCUCGAUUACUGCGUCAACUGAAAGAGGAACUUCACCCCCACCUCAAAGUAUUGCCACUCAGACUUACGAUGUGCUGCCGAAAAAUAAUGGAACUGGAAAAAAGUCUAAAGAAUAUCGUGAUCAAAAAAUAAUUUAUCAAGAUGAAAGUGAUUGCGAGGAAAUGAGAUUCACAAACAGUCCAGAUUUAUAUCCACGGGUGCAUUAUAUCAAUCAGCACAUUAAUCACCCGACUUCUUCACAUGGAACAAGAAGAAAUUCUACAGAUUCAACGCAUCUUUAUUUUAAUUCUAGGGAAAUAAAUCAACCGAGAUAUCAUCAGGAAUCGCCAACAAUUGUACCAGUAUCUCCAAGUGUAUCAACUUUGACACGUCAAGGUUUUGAGAUUGUUGAACUUUUACGUGAAGCUGAACGUCAAGGAUUUUCAGCAGACGACAUUCAAGUGGCACUGGCACAGGGCGCUGUUAAUCCUAUUGAUUGGCUCAUAAAUCAGUGGCCACAUCUCAUUGAAACUGUUCAAAUUCUUGUUACAACAAGAGGAAAAGAAAUGCCCGAUUGUAAAAACGACAUUGGAUAUUUAUCGAUCGUCGAAGCUAAAGAGGUUUUGCGUGCAUGCAAAGGCGAUGUUUGGACUAGUGUCACUCGAGCUAUUCAACUAAGGCAACAAAAGGUCGCAGGAAUAAAAGCUAAAGGUAAUUUUUCGCUUGUUGAUGUUGUUCGAGCGCUUGAUAAUAAUGCGGGCAAUGAAGAUCUAGCAUUAUUAGAGUUACAAAAAAAUCAAUUGAAACCAUUUCUAAUGCGUAUAUGGGGUCCGCCUGCUGGGGUGGAAAAUGACGAAGCUGCUCCGCAUACGGAUGUAGCGAAUGAUGCUGGUGGGUCGGGAUUGAAUGAACACAUUGGAGGAGCAAUGGAUUUGGAUGCACUGAAGCAGGUAAUAAUACCCUCACUUGAUAAUUUAGCAGAGUUGCAGGCUGGAUGUCAGCAAGAGUCACCAACAGCGAAAUCAACAAAUCAAUUGUUUAAUGAUGUUGAGGAGCCCGAUAAAAAAAAUAUUGGUAAUAAUCAUAAUAAUUUAUUCAACAGUUCUAAAGCCACCGAUAAACAUUCUGCUUCACAAAAAUUGGAGACCAUUGAUACAGAAUCUGGUAAAACUUUGAUGAUUACGGAAAAACAUGGUAAUGAUGAUAAAGUCGAAUCCGCUGGUGUUGAAAAUUUGGAAUUUAAAAAUUCAGAUAAAAAUGAUUUGAAAGAUUUACCAGAGAAAGAAGAAAUUAUAAAUAUAUCGGAUAACUCUUUACAAAAUUUAGCAGUUGAAAAUUUAUUAUUGGCUAUGAAAUCAUUGCCAGAACAAGUUUUGGGUUCAUUGACUGCUGCUGUUCAAGAAUUAUCGAUUAAAUUGGAGCCAGAAGUAGUUAAUAAAGAAAAUAAAAUUGAUGAAAAAAUAGUUGACGCAUCAAUUGAAACUCCUGCUGAAGUAUCUACGAAAUUAGAGCCAGAGCCAGAGGCAGUGAACGAAGAAGUAGUUGAAGAUAAGAAAAAUAAUGAAAAAAUAGAGUUGCCAAUUGAAACUUCUGAGAAAUUAAUUGAAUCAGAGCUAGAAGUGAUGAAAGAUAAAAAAAGUGAAGAGAAUUUGAAUUUAUUAAUGGAAACUUCUGACGAGUUUAAAGAAACUUUAGAAGCUGAUAAAAAUUUAGUAGAAAUAGAGAGCCCUGUGAGAGAAGAAAUAGUUGUAGAUAGAGUGAGUGAAUUAGUUGAAUCAGAUAGUCCUGAUAUUUCCAAGAAUGAAGAAGCAGAAGUAUUUUACGAAGCGAAUACUCUGAGUGUUGCAGAGUCUCGAGAUGUUAAACGUAGCACUAUUUAUAUUGAACCUUUGACGGUUAAUAGAGACAGAAAAAUAUUUGAUGAUUUUAAAAAUAACGUUAAAGUAGAAGUAGAUGUAGACGUAGAAGUUGAUGGUGAUCAAGAUUUUAAAAUUAAAGAGACGGAAGUAGAAAAUAAUAUAAAAAACUUAGAGUUUAAUCAAGAAAUAAAUAAUGUAGUGGAAGUGAACCAUUUUAAAGAGAUGGAUACUGGGGGAGAGAUUGAAGAGAAAAAUAUAGAAGUAAAUGUUAUUAAUGAGUCUAGAGAUGAAGAUGAUUUGUUUAAUGAUGCGUCUGGUGACGCUGAAACGUUUGAAUUAAAAAUAACGGAAUCUCCUUUGUUGAUUUUCAAUGACGCGGCACCUGUAGAAGAGCCUCCGGUAGUUCGAGGCUCGCUGAAAAUAAAUUUUUCACGAUUUUCUGAAACGAACGAAGUGAUAAAUGAGCCUCUUAAAUUUGCUAGUCAAAAAAUAUUAGAAAAUGAAUCAGUUGGGCCUGUGAUACCUCUAGAAGAUGUUUUGCCGAAAAAUUUUACCGCAAGUUCGAUAAUUGAGACGUCGAUUGAAAUUAAUGAAUCUGCGGUGAAAAAUGAAAAUAUUCAGAGCAAUUUCUUUACCCCUAAGCCGAUUGUUAAAGCUAGAGCUAAAUCGCCGGUUAAAAAAGCAUUUGCGUUGAGAAAAUUACCCGCGCGCAAGUGUUUUAUUGGGGCGAAGAAAAAUUUUGCUUUUGGAGGAGUACCAAAAGACACUGCGGUGUCGAGAGCUAAAGAAUGUGCUGAUAAAAUUGCGGCCAAGUCAUUGAUGUCUAGUGUAAGUGUGAAUCAAGUUAAGAAACUUGAGGUUGUUGAUGUAAAUCGGAAGAGUGGAUGUGAUAAAAGGCCAGAAUUAGUUUCUAAGAUUGAAAAGGUUGAGGCGGAAGAAAAAAAAUUGAGUUUUUCUAGUCAGAAAAUAGAUAAAGAUAUCGUUAAUAAGCCUACGCCGAGAAGUAAAUUACCUUCACGGAUUCCUGUUUUCCGAAAGCAACCGUGGGUCGCUGGACAAACGAUAUCUGUAGCAAGUCAAAAAAUAAUUGAAAUUAAUGUUUUGAAGCCCACGAAUUCAAGUUUUAAUGUACCAAGACGAACUAUUCCUGUUUUACACCCAUUGGCUACAUCUCCAACUGACAGUAAAAAUAAAAUUAAUAAUCUUAAUGAAAAUAAUAGAAUUAAUGUUAAUAAAAACGUCAAUUCUCAAGUAACCGUUGAAAAAGUAAAUGGAAAUUCUAGUUUUAAAUCAAGGGAUGAAGGAAAAUUACUAAAAAGUAAUAAUGAAUCUAUUCAAAGUAAAGUUACUGGAAAAAAUACAAGUCAAGAGAUAAUUCAAAGUAGAGACAAAAAAAUUAGUCAUAGUAUUAAUAAAUCAAUUGAUGACAAAUUAUUUAGAGCUAAAUCUUCUGAUGAUUCCUCGAAGAAUAAAGUAAAUGAAUGUUUAGAAUUAAAUGAAGAGUAUAGUGAAGAAGAAGUAGAAGAUGAGGAAGAAGUAGAAGAAAUUGAGGAGAUAGAAAUUGAAGAUGAUGAUAGUUCUGAGGAAGAAGUGGAAUACGAAGAAGAAGAAGAAGAAAUUGAAGAAUUAAGUGACUCUGAAACAAGUGAUACAAAUACUAAAAGUUCAGUUAUCAUGCGCAGAAUAAAUUCAACUGAUGAGCUAACAAAUGCUGAAUUAAUGCUGAAGAAAACAUUAGAUGAUAUUAAAGCAGAAAUAUCUGAUUCGGAGUGCGAGCAAGUAAGUACUGAUUCUAGUCAAAGGUCUGUAGGAAGUGACGAAGAAGUUGAAUUGUCUGAAUCCAAUGAUUUACCAGAAGAUUCACCCGAACUGAAUGAUACAAAGGCUGAUGUCGAUGUUGAAUCAACAAUCGUACUAACUUUGCCUAAAAAAAAGUCAACCGAAACUGAGGGUACAGAUAAUUCAAUCACACAAAGUACAUCUGAAACAAUUAAAAUAAAAGACUCAAAAGUAUUGAAAGUAGAGGUAUCUGAACCUGAGGUUGUUGUUGUAAAUAAAAAUAACGAGUCGCGUAAACGUUUUUCGAUAGUCGCGGAAUAUGUUCAGCAAUUUGAAGGUGAAACUCAAAAGUAUGAGAGGAGAAAUUCAAAAUCAAAGCAACAGGAUAGUGUCAAGAUUACACGAGAAAAAUCGCCGGUUAACGAGAGGGAGAGAACAGCAAGACGUUUAUUGGCAGAAGGGCGGGUGUCCAGCUACGAUGAAGCCGAGAUAGCAGCAAGUUUAAUUGGUCUCAAGUUCCAAGAUGAUGAGGCGAUUCAUGCAGCUAAAGAAUGCACGAGCGUUGAGUCCGCAAUAGCAUUUCUCCAGCAGGAAUGUGAACUUUGCACUGGUCGAUUUGCCGUCAGCCAGAUGAUCUCGAUGCUGAAAUGCAUCCAUCGAUGCUGCAAUGACUGCGCUAAAAAUUAUUUCACUAUUCAGAUCAGCGAUCGUAAUAUCAUGGAUGCUGUGUGUCCGUUUUGCAAGGAACCGGAUCUUAAAGAUGCAUCCGAAGAUGAAGUUCUUGAGUACUUUAGUAUUUUGGACAUUCAGUUAAAGUCACUUCUGGAUCCUCCGAUUCAUGAGCUCUUUCAGAGGAAGCUCAGAGAUAGGACUCUGAUGCAAGACCCUAAUUUCAAGUGGUGUGCUCAGUGUUCGAGCGGAUUCUAUGCGAAUCCAAAUCAAAAACGACUGAUAUGUCCCGAUUGUCGAUCAGUAACUUGUGCAUUUUGUCGAAAACCUUGGGAAAAACAACAUGAAGGAAUAACAUGUGAACAAUUUGAAGAAUGGAAAAAUGAAAACGAUCCCGACAACCAAGCGAUAGGUUUAGCGAAACAUUUAGCAGACAAUGGAAUCGACUGUCCUAAAUGUAAAUUCCGUUAUUCUCUAUCGCGAGGAGGUUGUAUGCAUUUCACGUGUAACCAAUGCAAGUAUGAGUUUUGCUGUGGCUGUGGUAAAGCUUUUAUGAUGGGCGCCAAGUGUCCAGUCAGUUCCUAUUGCGCGAAACUCGGUCUCCACGCCCAUCAUCCACGCAAUUGUCUCUUUUAUCUUCGUGACAAAGAACCAGCGCAGCUUCAAAACCUUCUGAAGGACCACGGCAUCGAAUUCAAUACUGAGAACACAUCGAACGAUCGCAAAUGCAAAGUUCAGUUGCAGAAAGAAACACCAACUGGCGUAACUGAUGCUAUUUGCAACUCGGAUGUUGUAGAAAAUCAUGCUGGACUGUGCAGGAUUCAUUAUAUCGAGUAUCUAGUCCAAAAAAUUCGUUUAUCAAAAUUGGAACCACUAUCGUUAUUUAAUAUUGAUGAUCUAGAGACUUGCGUUAAGCGUGCUGGGUUAAAUUUACCCGCAAAUUGGUAUCGACGUGAUCCUGAGGAUUAUCGUCGUGAUCUCGCGGAGGUCGUCCAAAAAGAAAUUCCGUUGGAGUAAUUGUUUUUAUUAUUAAUGUUAAUUAAAAAAUAUUAAAUAUUUAUUAUUGUCGAUUGUUAAUAAAUUAUUAUAUUAUAGUUAAAAAAAUUGGAAAACCAAAAUGUCCACCCCUCAAUCUCCCAUUUGAUUUUUUACUACGAAAUUUAGUUUAAAUAUUUCUUACCGUACAAGAUGAGUUGGUGUAGCGACCCGGUUACAGAUAAUCUGUUCUUCUGGAUGAAUCCGCAUUGAUGGCAUGCAGCAAAUUGACACACAGUUGUAAUGAGUUGCCAGUUUGUAUAAAAAUUGACAAUUAAUUUUUGCUAAGAGUUCUGCCCACCACUCAAUAGGACAAGAACCAGGUGGUCCACCAGAUUCACAUUGAUAUUGUUCUAUCUCCAAUUCACCUUGAUCUCCAAUAAUUGGUCGCUGU